ACUUAUGCAUUUGCAUUUCUGACUACUGCAGCAGGUGGCAUUAUACUCAGCGUUGACCGGUUAAAUUUUUGUCUCAUAACGAAGGAUUAUAUUCGAGGAUAAAAUAGUGGCUUGCAUGUUUCUAUGAUAGGUAAUUCUUUUUAUUCACAGCUAGAUUCUAUUUAUUGGCUUUUGUGAUCUUACAGGUAUUUUGGUACCGUUAACCAUACUGAAGGCUGGUGUCCUGGAAGCAAAGCGGCGAGUUUCAGUCAGAAUGGUUCCUAUGCCAUUGUGCCCAGCAUUAACAUAACAACCUGUGACUUUACAAUUGCAUUUUGGGUAAAGUAUAUUGGUGUUGACGGGCCUAUACUGGCACUUCGGUCAAAGGGUGGAGAACUAUUUUACGUUACAGUCAAGAAUUCUCGACUCAUUUUAUCGAUACACAACACUUUCCAUUUACAAAUCAAUUACUGGAAUCACGUAGCAGUAACCUGUCAGCUGCAAAAGAUCAAGGUGUUCGUUAAUGGUGAGAAGGAGGCAUUGAUAGACCAAUGGAAUGAGUAUUUGUUUUCAUCGUUAGGCCAUUAUCAGCCAGGGUACAUCAUAGGGAAUGAUCCAGUUUUGGUCCAGAUGCCAAUGGCAAAUGGGGUGUUUGUUGGAGCAGUCAUGGAUCUUUAUGUGACUGGAAAAGCUUUAUCUGCGAAGCAGGUCUCUGACCUGAGUAAAGGUGAGAGUAGUAUCUAUUCAAGGUUAAGUCGUAUUCUUCGACUGCAGUCUCAAAUCCUCAAUAGGGGUCUGUUGGAUGUUAAAAUACUUAUAUUGUUCUUUUACAGUCUUUGCUUGACAAUUAAGGGCAGCUUGGAACUUUAAAAAAAUGCAAACUUAAUUAUUAACGUUAUGCGUGGAAAUAAAUAAUUAAUCGUAGUAUUAUUCUCAUUUUUUAAAGGCAAACCAAUUACACCCGUGAUAAACAAGGAAGAGUCGGAAAUACAUGGUUGCAAAGUCAAUGUAACGUGGAGUAGAAAAGAAAUAUGCACCAUAACGAAGACCACUGUACGCUUCAGGGAGAUAAAACCUCAAGGCGAUGAAGCAGAAUGGACAGAAUAUAAUGUUUCUUCAACCACCUAUUAUCUCCUAUAUCUGGAAUGCGACAAGAGAUAUGAAAUUGCAGUAUCUUCUUGGUUUGGAGAAGUUCAAAGCGAGUGGUCAGUCUCUCGGAAAUUUAACACUACCUUUGCAGGUGAGACGUUACCUCAUGUACACUGUAUGUUCAAUAGCUGA